AUGGUGUCCGGAGUACCGAAUAAAAAGGAGAAGCUAAGCUUCGGCAUAGAAAUGGAAUUCUUUUUAGCAUGGCGCGCUGAGAGUUUCACCGGCACAGUACCCACGCCCCCAGGGUUCGAGUCAAAGACUGGGAGGCCCCUGGUGGUUAGGGGGGGCUGGGCGACAGAAAGUGACAGGGUAGGUGCUCUAGCUCUUAUGGUAGACGAGGCAUUCCCAUCAUCCGCAGCAGCGGUUGCUCCGUCGGGAGGAGGGGUACCGGAUUACGGAGAUCAAGAGUGGCAUCAUCUUUACCAGUUCCGCCGUUGGGAGGUGUCCUUCGAUCCUACCCUAAAAAGGCUACCCGACGCGCUGAGAGAUAAAACUGGCGAGGAUUUCGGAUGGGUCGGCGCCGAAGUUGUUUCACCAGCCCUCUGGGCUAUAGACGAGGGUUUCGAGGAAACCCGUAGAAUGUGUGAGUUCCUCCAGGCAAACUUUUGGAUAUUCACUGCUCCUGAAGCUGGCUUUCAUGUUCACGUAGGUAAAGGAAACGAAUGGCUAUCUCUAAAUUCACUCAGACAGAUUGCCGCUUUUCUCUAUGCAGCAGAUCUGACAUUAGCUCAGUCUCAUCCUGAACACAGGCGCGAUAAUAUAUGGUGUCCGAGCCCACGCCUUUAUUCUAAUGUUUCCGUUGGGAUCAAGAACCCACCUAUCCAAGCUCAGCCUGCUCCUCCAGAUGAGCCAAAGGAGGUUACAGAGGUCACGGAGAAAUCAGCGUAUGCCGGUUUCAUGGAGCUUGCACAAAACUUUUUCCAAAGUUGGGUAGGUCGUGAUGAGCCUCCACAGGACAGCCAAGUCUUUACAAAGCAUCAAUUCCUUCCCGGACCAACUGUAAGUAAAUUUAAUAUCAAUCGGAAUUUGGUAGAAUUGGUCAUGAGUUAUCAUGGGUCAUGCCUCGAGGAGAGGCAGGACCCCCGAAGGUACAAGCCAAUUCCGAUGAUGACUGCUGUUGCCGAAAUUCUAAGAUCAGCAGAUAGAAGAUCUAUUGCAAGACUAAUGAAUAUUGGACAGAGGAGAGGAGCGUACAACUUUGUUCAGCUCGAGAAAGAGCAUAAAAGAACAAUCGAGUUCCGCCAGGCUGCUAGUACAGUUGACCCAGUUGAAGUUGUUACUUAUGCAAGAAUUGCGGUAGGUCUCUGCCAGUUUGCUGCAACUGCUAGUCAUGAAGAUUUCUUUAAAAUAAUUCUUGACUGUAAAACGGCAGAGGAAAAUCCCUCUUGUUACGACGUUUACAAUCUCCUUAAAAAGGUAGACCUCUACCCCGAAGCUAAAGUCGUACAGGCAGUUUUAUCAGGGACGAUGACUGAUGCUACGCAAAGAGAAUAUUGGUUGAGUCGUGGGCACGAGCCACGCCCAUAA